AUGGUAAGCGCCAUGGCGAACCAGUCGUGGUCUGCCUGUUCCGUCUUGCAUCCCAAUCUCUGGGGAGACCAUGAAUGGCUUUCCGCCUACACAUCAUCCGACCCGAAAGACCCCAUCUACGACGAUGUGUUCGGUCUCCUCCCCUCCUCGGCCGAUAAUGGAUGGGUGCCUCCCAGCAUUUUAGGGUCGAGUUCGUCUCUCACAACCCAAAACAAGAUACAUCAAGAAUCGGACGAGUGUGGUGGGCAUAUUGGUCCAUUAGCACCCUUUCAGACAUAUUAUUCACCGCCCCUUUCCCCCUCAGCGGAUUCCCUUAUACCUGAGCCCCUUCUUUGCGUCGUUUCCGGUUCAGCGCUUUCGGCAACGAUUACCACGGACACAAGUGGCGCCAAGGACACAGAUCUAGUGGAGAUAUCAUCCGAUCACGUUCCGGAUGCCGCCCGCCACGACAGUCUGCAACUUGACGCCGCCAAGCCAGCCAACUGCGGGACGUGUGGCAUAUCCUUCAGUGGUAUCACCGCGCUUCGCCGUCAUGAGAAGAAGCAUACGCAAUUCACGUGCGGCCGUGAUGGGUGCUGCCGGAGCUUCUCCAGCCUUAGGUCCCUCGAGCGGCACCAGCAGAAGGCUGGUGCUCACCUGACCGUUGACUCACCAAUGUUCCGGUGCGCUUGCGGCCGCCCAACCACCCGCAAGGACCACCACCAGCGCCACCUCCACGCCAAGCGGGGAUGGUCAAACACGAGGAGCAUCUAA